UCUAAUGGAUAUCUUUUCUUUAUUUUCAGCUAUGAUGUUAUCUUUGCGGGGGGCCCUGAAGAACUGCUAAAGAAAUUUCAUGAAACUAAUCAUAAAGUGGUGUUUGCAGCAGAUGGACUAGUUUGGCCAGAUAAAAGGCUAGCUGACAAGUAUCCUGUUGUCCGGAGUGGAAAACGAUUCCUGAACUCGGGAGGAUUUAUUGGUUAUGCUCCAUAUAUAAAUCGUAUUGUGCAGCAAUGGAAUCUGCAGGAUAAUGAUGAUGACCAGCUGUUUUACACCAAAAUCUAUGUUGACCCAUUGGCAAGGGAACGCAUUAACAUUACUUUGGAUCACAAAUGUACAAUUUUCCAGACCCUAAAUGGAGCUGUUGAUGAUGUCCUUUUGAAAUUUGAAGAAGGAAAAGUAAGAGCAAGGAAUUCAGUGUACGACACAUUACCAAUCACCAUUCAUGGAAAUGGUCCAACUAAAAUUCACUUGAAUUAUUUGGGAAACUAUAUCCCGAAUGCUUGGACACGGGAAACUGGUUGCGGUAUUUGUGAUUUAGACUUACUAGACCUGUCAGCAGUAACGGACGAAGAAUAUCCAAGAGUAAUAAUUGGUGUUUUCAUUGAACAACCCACUCCUUUCCUACCUAAAUUUUUAGACAGACUGUUGACUCUGGACUACCCAAAGGAGGCACUUGGUAUCUUCAUUCAUAAUAAUGAGGUUUACCAUGAAAAGCACAUCAAGAAAUUCUGGGAUAAAGCCAAGAACAUUAUCAGAAAUAUAAAAAUUGUUGGACCUGAAGAAAAUCUGAGUCAAGCAGAUGCCCGGAACAUGGGAAUGGACCUUUGUCGCCAGGAUAAAGUGUGUGAAUAUUACUUCAGCAUAGAUGCAGAUGUCGUGCUGACAAACCCGAAAACGUUAAGAAUACUGAUAGAACAGAACAGAAAGAUAAUUGCUCCACUCGUAACUCGUCAUGGGAAGCUUUGGUCCAAUUUCUGGGGUGCUUUGAGCCCAGAUGGCUAUUAUGCUCGAUCAGAAGAUUAUGUUGAUAUUGUCCAAGGGAACAGAGUAGGAGUAUGGAAUAUUCCAUAUAUGGCUAAUAUAUACUUAAUUAAGGGACAAACUCUCCGAUCGGAGAUGAAAGAAAAGAACUACUUUAUGCGUGAUAAGUUGGAUCCUGAUAUGGCUCUCUGCAGGAAUGAUAAGGAUCAUGGUGUUUUCAUGUACAUUACCAACAGACAUGAAUUUGGAAGACUUAUUUCUACAGCCAAUUACAAUACCUCCCACUACAACAAUGACCUCUGGCAGAUAUUUGAAAAUCCUGUGGACUGGAAGGAAACCUAUAUAAAUCCCAACUACUCGAAGAUCUUCACCGAUAAUAUAGUAGAACAGCCAUGUCCGGAUGUGUUUUGGUUUCCCAUAUUUUCUGACACUGCCUGUGAUGAAUUGGUAGAAGAAAUGGAACAUUUUGGACAAUGGUCUGGUGGAAAACACCAAGACAGCCGUAUUUCUGGAGGUUAUGAAAACGUCCCAACUGAUGAUAUUCAUAUGAAGCAAAUUGGACUGGAUAAUGAAUGGCUGCAUUUCAUAAGAGAGUUCAUUGCACCGGUAACGCUAAAAGUGUUUGCUGGCUAUUAUACCAAGGGGUAUGCUUUAUUGAAUUUUGUUGUAAAAUAUAGCCCUGACAGACAACGGUCACUCAGACCUCAUCAUGACUCCUCUACAUUCACAAUCAACAUUGCUCUCAACAAAGUCGGAGAGGACUUUCAAGGAGGUGGAUGUAAAUUUAUUAGGUACAACUGCUCCAUUGAGUCUCCCAGGAAAGGAUGGAGUUUCAUGCACCCAGGAAGACUUACUCACUUACAUGAAGGACUUCCUAUCUUGAAUGGCACAAGAUACAUCGCAGUAUCAUUUAUUGAUCCUUAAUUUUAUUCCGCCCCCCCCCCCUUCAGCAGUGUUUGAUUCUUUACAUAAACAUUUAUUUAUAGAUUUCUUCUGGAAGAUGGAUAAAAGAAACUUUAAGUUGCUGUUCCUAGACAGCAAACUUACUUUGGGCUAAAAGAAUGAAAAAAAGAAAAUGUUCUAAAAUUUUUGAAGAUUUCUCAAUAUCUGCUCUGAGCCUUGAGUCACAAAGUAAACAUGUCCUUCUUGGUUUUCCAUUCCGCUGUCUUAAAGAGUAGGUAAGGAGGGAAAA